CCCGGGCGCAAGAUGGCCGCGCCCAACAAGCUCAGGGCAGAGAUUUGAGGGCGGUUACACCCCUGCAUCCCAGGGCCAGGCGGCACGGCCUGCGGGGCGAUGGGGAACGUGCUGGCACCAGUGCUCAACUUGCAGAGACCUCUGCGCCGGCAGGAGCCGCUUACCAACCCAGGCAGCUUCGAUGAGCUCCAUCGGAAAUGCAAAGAAGUCUUCCCCCAGCAGAUGGAAGGGGUGAAGCUGAUCCUCAACAGGUACCUGAACAAGCAUUUCCAGGUCAGCCACACCGUUCACAUGAGCACAGUCGGCCAGUCCAGCUACCACUUCCACACCACCUACGUAGGAGACCGGCAGCUCAGCCCCACCGAGACUUUCCCCAUGCUUGUCGGGGACAUGGACAGCUGCGGGAGCCUCAAUGCUCAGGUGCUGCAUCUGGUGGCAGAGCGGAUCCGCACCAAGGCCGUCUUCCAGACGCAACAGGCCCGGUUUGUGACGUGGCAGUUCAGCGGGGAGCUCCGUGGCGAUGACUACACGGCCACACUGACGCUGAGCAACCCCGACAUGCUCAGCCAAUCAGUCAUUGUGGUGGCGCACUUCCUGCAGAGUGUGACCUCGCGGCUGGUGCUGGGCGGGGAGAUGUUGUAUCACCGGCGCCCGGGCGAGGAGGGCGCCAUCGUCACCCUGGCAGGGAAGUACACGGCUCGCAAGUGGGUGGCGACGCUGAACAUUGGUUAUGGCGGGGCCCAUGCCAGCUACUACCACAAAGCCAAUGAGCAGGUGCAGGUCGGGGUGGAGUUGGAGGCCAACACCCGACUGCAGGACACGACCUUCGCCUUCGGCUACCAGUUCAACCUGCCCCCGGCCAACGUGGUCUUCCGAGGUGAGUGCGGAGCCGGGCCAGCCCCCACUCGGGCAGGGGGCUGCCCAGGGCUGUGCCAGCCUCGCCCAGGGGGCAGGGCGUCUCCAGGGCCAUUGGACCCACAAACUCCCUGCCCUCACAGUGCAAGCUCACACCUCCCACAACAUGGCUGCGUGGUCCUGGCGGGAGCUGACUGGGACUUGGACUGAGGAUGUUCAUAGCUGGGGUCAACUCCGCUCAGGGGGUUUGGCCUCUGAUCCCCUCCACCCACUUGCUGAGGGCUGGCCCGGGCCUGGAGCCUGUCCCGUACCCGCUCUCCCCUCGCUCCUCUGUGCCAGCUUCUCUGUCCUGCUCCCAGCACCAUCCUGGGGCUUCGCGGCAGCAAGCAUGGAAGCAGACCCCCCCAGCUAUCACAGCACAGGCCUAGAGUCCCUGAGCUACAGGGGAAUCUCCCUGUUCUUGAGCAGUACAGGGCCUAUUGCACACCGCAGAGCUGUUCGUAUCCCAUCCAGUAGGGGGCAGU